AUGAUUACAGGAUCCAUUGUGUUUCUACUUAAGGGAAGCAGAGAAAGUGGCUAUUCGUUUGAGGCACUGGGCACAUGCAUAAGUUCCACGGCUACCAAAGGAUACAUCAAUGUUCAAAUUGUAAAAUUGCUUAACAACAGUGCCACGUUGGCAAACAGACUUCAGCCCCUGAUGGAAGGCCACACCGUAGCUUGGCCACAAAAUUUAGUUGCCUUGUACAAGACAUCUGAAGAAACAGCUCAGAAUGCUAACCAUUCAAAAGGUGCCUUUGCUUUUACACAUUCAGUUAGAAAUUUACUAAAGAAAGUUAAUAUUUUGUAAAAAUGUACUAGAAAACUUAAUUUUAUAAUUUAAUUAUUUUAAUGUGCAGAUUUUGCCUUAUUUUAAUUUAUUAGUGACUUUAUCACCAUUUAUCGUUCUUUGAAAAUGGAAAACAUGAUCACCAGUAAUAAGUUCAGCCUUUAGCCUAGAUGAACAGAGCUCUUUAUUCAUUUUUAUGUUCAUUAACAGGACUCUAAAAAAUUAACUUGAAUUCCCUACUUGUCCUUUGGGUGAGGAGUUCUCACAUUCUGCUUGGGACACUUUUUGCUUAUCUUGCUUACUUGUUAGAGGAUGACUUGUCUGGAUCCUUGCCAAAACAGGACUUUUUUCAAGCCCUGCAUUAGGGAGGCUGGUAACCAUAAUCUCCAUAGCCAAAUUUAAAUCUUGAACAAAAAGGGAAUAAAUUUGUAAUGGCAAUGAACAAUCUUUAUUGUUAGCUUUUAAUAAAAUCAUUUCUUUUCAUGCAGAACAGAACAAUGUUGUUAACCCUCCAAAGGAUAACCACCUGAAGAACUAUGCUCUUUGGAUUAUUCAAAUGGGAAAGAUGCUAUUGCAAAUGAAUGAUACAGAGAAGGAAGGGGAUGGGUAGAGAGCUAUCAUCAACAGCAAAGUGCUCUUAUUGAUGUUUAGGUCAACUGCCAGAAGUAAGAAAUAUGCGUUUGAGAUGCUACAGCUGAUAAGCAAAGUAAGGUGCCAGUUCACCAAGAAAAUGGCUGAAAGAACCAUCCAUGGACGUUUUGUCAACUGGAAAGGUACUUGAUGUUAGGAGUGAAGAAAGACAUAUUAUUAUUAGGAUCUGUGAGAGGACAGCUAACAAUUUGCAAAGCCACCACUAGCUUUCCUGUGAAAUGAAUUUUAAUAAAUAUCAAUGUAGAGUGAAGUUCCAUACAGGUCAUGUUUCAAUACCCAGAUUUGGGUAGUGCUAGCAAAAUGGUCAUACUGAAAGGGAAAUUAGCUUCAGCAAAUCAGAACCACCACUCCGAUCUGGGUAUUGAAACAUCAUCUGAUCAGUAUAGAAUUUUGUUGUUAAUACCAUAGGUGACAAUUUCAGCGUUGAUCUAUAAUUUCACAUAUGAAAUUGCAAAAUUGCCAUGGGAACAUUCUGUACCAUGCUUCACAUAUUACAGAAACCAUAAGGUCCACUAUCAACUUCAGAAACUACAACCCCGGACAAAACUGUUGAGACAAUUCCAUCCAUUUUCUAACUUUUGCACCCCACUCCCGUCUCCCCUAAACACAAAAAGUAAACCCCCUCCCCACCCCCUAUUCAAAGUUGUCUUGGUCUAAAAACCAACGUGUAUAAUUGCCAUGCUAUCCUAAACAACUUUGGAUAAGGGGAGGGGGGAAAUCAGGCAUUCAUUUGGCAGAGGUUUCAGAUUUUGCCGGGAUGACAGGAAAAAACAGGCAUUUUCGCGAUUUGUCUCACAAUCAACAGGUUUUGUCCGGGGUUGUAGCUCAUACUGAAUAAUAACUUUCACAAUUAGCUAUGAGGGCUGCAACCCAGUUAUGAUGAUAAUAAUGAUAAUUAUAAUAAUAAUAAUACUAUUAGAAACACAGUCUCAUGGACUGAACACUCAUAAUAAUAACAAUACCAUAAAUCCUCUAAGCCACCCUGGAGAAGGAGGGGAUCGAGGGGAGUAUUUAAUUUAGAAAAAAGGAUGGUAUCUGCAGUUCUGCCAUGAGGCAUGCACCAUAAUAACCGUGAUAAUAUGAAUAUGUAAACAUGCAUGUACAUCAGCAGUCACUUAAAUUUCAAUUAUUUGGCAGCUCCAUCUAUGCAAUGUUCCAUGCUGAUAACCCUUAUAAAACUGAUAAUUGAAAAUCUGAUUGACUUCACUUUUGAUAAUUGUUUGUCCAAAGGUGGUGAAGGCAACAACGUCGCAAAUGACCUCGAAGAAGAACAUUUUGUGCAAUUCGACAAAAAACUACUGAAGCGAAUGGUUGUGCAGAAAACUUUAAAGGCUGUAGAACGGUCAACUUCUGCUAGUACUGGUCUAAGGAAAAUCAUUGAAAAUUUUGAUGAAAAGACAGGGGUGCAUCCGCCAUCAACUGCUCACACCUACCAGAAUGCAGAGAAAGACCAAAAAGAGAUGAUUGCAUUAGUUUGUGGCCUGAAGCCCUUUCAAGAAGUACCUGGUAGAUGCCAUUCAUCGUUUCCACAUAUGCCAAGAAAUCCUUUUGACCUGGAUGAUAUUAGAAUCCCGGAACAGUGGUUGACAACCAGUAAGCAGAAGUUGAGCAAGGACCCCGACACACCCUGG